UUCAAAGUUAUAAUAAUCAGUAAAACAUAAUUGCCUUAUAAAAAAAAUUAAGCGAUAUUGUUACUGAAUAUUGAAAUAUAUAUAAAACAUAUAUUGGAAGUUUUAUGCUUUUUAAAGUAAAUAGUUUGGAGUGUAUACGUCGUUUGCAUAUCUGUAAACUACACUACAUCCUAAGUUGUGGCAAAUAGUUUUUGAAAUUUUCAAAUUCAAUAAAAGUGCAUCUCUAAAUAGUAUAUUAAAAACAAAAGCUUCCAUUUUAUAAACCAACUAAAAAUGACAGAUUCAAUGAAAUUUGGUCCCGAAUGGUUGCGAAACAUGUCAGCCGAUACAACUUCCUCUAAUACAAAUACAAGUGGUCAAAUAAAUCCUGCGGGAGUGUUUGGAUCCGGUAACUCAGGGGGUGAUGGCAUAGAGGGAUCAGCUGUGAAUAAUUCAAACAGUGGUACGUCAAAUCUUAAUCCUAGCAGUUUACAUAAUAAUGUAAAUGCAGCAAAUACUGCAGCUUCACGUAACACAUUUCCGGAAUUUCGUUAUGGUAGAGAAGAAAUGCUGUUACUGUUUGAUAGAAACUGUGGCAUACCUGAAAUUUUACCAUCAUAUAAAAAUCUUUUUGUGGAAAGAGUUCAAUUUCCAUUAGCUUUAGUGCCUAGCACAGAUGAAGAUAUGUUGCAAGGAUCGGCACCACCAACGCAAAGGCCAGGAUGGCUCCAACGAUCACCAGUUGGUUUCAGCACAGCAACUCGUGGUACUGGUAGGGUUGGAUGUAUGGAGAGAGGUCGUAUGCGUGGAAAAUCAAUUUAUCAUCCUGUUUUCCAAAGACCAAAUGCCAUGUUUGACGAUGAUCAACGUUCUUCUACAAUUAAGGUAAUUUGUUUUAUUUAGUAUUUAAGUUUUCAA